AUGUCUGUGUUAGCGGAAACAAUGAGUCCCACAAAGAUGUUAGGCAAGAAGAAACUUCAUCAGAUGGUCGAUACUAAAUCUCCCUCCACAUUUAAGCGGCUAAAAGUUGAUGCUACCCGCAAUUUUCCUGAAAAUUGUGGUUCAUUUGUUUGUCAAAACAAUGGAACCAGAGAGAUCAACCCGGAAUUUCCAUCCAAUACCAAGCGUGUAAAAGUAGACUCUAUGAGGAGUUUUCCUGAGAAUUGUGGCCCAUGUUUUCCUCAAAAGAGGGUUAGAAGUGAUACUCAAUGCUAUGUUGAUGUUGAGAGCAAAAGUUGUUUUGAAGUGGCUACAAAUGUGGUUGAGUCAGCGCGUCCAAAAGAGGUUGGUGGUUCAAGUCAUUUAAAUACCUCAUGUCGACCUACUAAUGGAAACCAACAGCAUGAAGUAUUGGUUAGUCAAGCUCUCCAAAAGCCGUCAACUGAUACAUGUGAUUGGUUUAUAAAAGAUGAGCCUAUUGAAAAUGUACCAGAAUUGCCUGCUAUUGUUUCACAAGAAAAUCUAAUCGAAGCUCUAAAUGAACUUAAUAACAAAACAAGCCAGAGAGUUCACCAUGAAGAAGUUUCUGACAUUUGGGUAGAUGAUGAUGACAUUUCCAUUUUAACAUGCUCCGAAUGGAACUCCCUAAGAUCAGGUCUCAACACCCAAAGUACCGAUGGUAAGAAAGGUGGCAAGGAGGGCGAGAUUAUACACAAGUGCUCAGAUAUUUUAGAAGAAGCAGUUGAUUUCAAGCCAUUGCCCGGCAUCAUACGUCCUGAGCAGCACGAUGAACUGAACAAAGGCCAGUAUUUUUUCUGUAAGGAUUGGGAUGAAUAUGAAUCUGUGGUCAUGAAGAAGCAAAUAAAUCUCGGAGUUUCUCAAGAAGAUUUAAGGAAUUCUGAUGUACUGUGUGGUGCUUCUGGUUAUGGAUUGUUAACUGAAUAUGAACAUAUUCAGAAAGUGAAAGAAGUCAAAGAGACUCUGAAACUGUUUGAUGACGUAUAUACUAAACUUUUGCAAGAAGAUAAAGCAGAGAAACAUGAAGGACGGUCCAAAAAAAGAAUCCAUAUAGAGACAGCAAUGAAUUUGAAAAAACAGAAAAAGUGGGUAAAUUGUGAGUGGACUUUUGGACAUGUUCCUGGAGUUCAAAUUGGGGAUCAAUUCAGGUUCAGGGCAGAACUUGUUGCGAUCGGACUACAUCACCAAUUUAUUAAGGGUAUCAAUUAUGUGACUAUAGGCAGAAAAGAUGUUGCAUCUAGCAUUGUUGAUUCUCGUCGGUACGACAACGAGGCCAUAUCUUCUGAAACAUUCAUUUAUGUAGGUCAAGGCGGAAAUCCAAAGGUAUCUCUUAAUGGAAGAGUGGAAGAUCAAAAGCUUGAAGGGAGUAAUCUUGCCUUGAAGAACUCCAUGGACUUGGGAUAUCCGGUGAGGGUUAUUUGUAGUCGACAAAGACUGAAUGGUGAAAAGAGUGAUAUAAGAUACAUUUACGACGGGCUCUACACCGUGACCAAGUGUUGGGAAGAAAGAGCUCCAACUGAAAAAUACAUUUUCAAGUUUGAACUGAAAAGAAAUCUUGACCAACCAAAACUUACUCGUGAACUAGUGUCACGGCCAGCAAAGUUAGUCAAGGUAACUCAUUCUUGUGUUAAUAAGGCAACAAAAUCCGUUAUACAGUCGGAGUUUGUUGUGGACUAUGAUGUUUCGCAAGGAAAAGAGAAGAUACCGAUCCGUGUUGUCAAUGCAAUAGAUGAUGAGAGACUCCCACCAUUUACUUACAUUACCAACAUGCAAUAUCCAGAUUGGUAUUAUAUCUCUAGGCCUCAAAGUUGCAAUUGCACAAGUGGAUGCUCGGAUUCCGAGCAAUGCUCUUGUGCUUCUAGGAACGGAGGUGAGAUUCCAUUCAACACAAGAGGCUCUAUUGUUAGAGCACAACCUCUUGUUUAUGAUUGUGGUCCAUCUUGCAAAUGUCCCCCUUCUUGCAAAAAUAGAGUUAGCCAACAUGGACCUCGAUACCAUUUGGAAGUUUUCAAGACCAAAUCGAGAGGAUGGGGUUUGAGGUCACGAGAUCAUGUAUCAUCCAGAAGUUUUCUAUGUGAAUAUGUUGGGGAGUUGCUUGAUGAAAAGGAAGCUGAAAAUAGAAUAGGCCAUGAUGAGUACUUGUUUGAUAUUGGCAAUUAUGAUGAAGAAAUCCCCAAAAGGAAUGUUGCGCGUAAUAAUAACCUCAAAGUUGAGUCAAAUUCUUUGAUGAGGAAGGAUGAAGAUGGCUUUACCCUUGAUGCGUUAAGAUAUGGGAAUGCUGGAAGAUUUAUCAACCAUAGUUGCUCACCAAACCUUUAUGCUCAAAAUGUCAUGUAUUACCAUGGUGAUAAGAGAGUACCUCACAUAAUGUUUUUCGCUUCUGAGAGUAUUGCUCCAUUAGAGGAGCUUACUUAUCACUACAACUACCAUGUUGACCAUGUUUCUGAUAAAAAUGGCGAUAUGAAGAGAAAGAAUUGUAGAUGUGGCUCCCGGAAAUGUGAGGGGAGAAUGUACUAA